CGAACUUUUACAAUCCAACUCCACGACGACAAACACACCUUCACGACAACCCCUCAGCAUCAAUCAUAAUGGCUGAAUCCGGAGAGAAGAGCGGCAACCCCAUGAAGGAGCUCCGCAUCCAGAAGCUCGUUCUUAACAUCUCAGUUGGAGAGUCUGGUGAUAGACUUACCCGGGCAGCUAAAGUUCUUGAGCAGCUGAGCGGUCAAACCCCAGUCUACAGCAAGGCCCGUUACACUGUCCGAACUUUCGGUAUCCGUCGUAACGAGAAGAUCGCCGUUCACGUCACUGUCCGCGGACCAAAGGCUGAGGAGAUCUUGGAGCGUGGAUUGAAGGUCAAGGAGUACGAGCUCCGCAAGCGCAACUUCUCCGAGACUGGUAACUUCGGUUUCGGUAUCAGCGAACACAUCGAUCUCGGUAUCAAGUACGACCCUGCGAUCGGUAUCUACGGAAUGGACUUCUUCUGCUGCAUGUGAGUAUCUGGACAAUCUGGAAGGAUACUGGACCGCCAUUGACAAGAUUGUAGGACCCGUCCUGGUGAGCGUGUUGCCAAGCGCCGCCGCUGCAAGACUCACGUUGGAUCUGCUCACAAGAUCAAGCGUGAGGAGACCGUCAAGUGGUUCAAGAACAGAUUCGAGGGAAUUGUCAGAUAAACGGGCUGAACUCAAAAGUGGUAGAUAUUGCAUGACUGGGUUGGGAUGGGGCGUGCUGGUUUGAUCUCGGACAUUUGCAUGUACUUUGAAUGACAGCCACAAAACAAGCAGCUCAUCAACACCAGCACUCCAAUGGAGAAGCUACGGCCAAAAGCCCGACCGGCUCCCAUACCGGCUUGUAGCAGUCUACACCAUUUCUUUUUAUCUCGUGAAUUUUAUACUUGGAGUUGGGAGUUUUCACGAUUCUCUCCCGUGUGCGAGGAAAUAUGUCACACUGCAGACUUGGACCGUGGAAGAUGUGAUCACUGGCACAUGGAUUACAUAGCCAAUGAAC